GCUGUCCAUGGACCGUGCACGCUGCCCCUGCACCACCGAUUCAGGUGCAUAAGCUCCAAGCUGUCCUUCUCAGAUACCUUGCUGUGAGACAGAAGGUUGUCGUCGCCAGCUCCAUUUCGCAACCUUCAACCUACACGGCCACUGCCUUUCUACACCAAACGCGGCCACAAUGACGGCCCAAUCUCUUGGACCCCUCUCCGGAGGCAGCAAAGAGAACACACGAACUGUCCUCAGAGUCACCAUCUUGUCUCUGAUCGCAGCUGCCGCUGUUGCUAGUCGUCUCUUCUCCGUCAUUCGCUUCGAGAGUAUCAUUCACGAAUUUGACCCCUGGUUCAACUUCAGAGCAACCAAGUACCUUGUGGCCAAUGGAUUCACCAAGUUCUGGGACUGGUUCGAUGAUCGGACAUGGCAUCCUCUCGGUCGGGUUACUGGAGGAACUCUUUACCCUGGUCUCAUGGUGACCAGCGGCGCCAUCUACCACGCACUUCGAGCUCUUACGGUCCCCGUCGAUAUCCGCAACAUCUGCGUUCUUCUGGCGCCAGCUUUCUCCGGCCUUACCGCCUACGCCGCCUACCUUCUUACCAAUGAGAUGACCACUUCGCCCUCGGCUGGUCUGCUUGCGGCUGCCUUCAUGGGCAUCUCGCCUGGUUACAUCUCCCGAUCAGUUGCCGGCAGUUACGACAACGAGGCCAUCGCCAUUUUCCUUCUUGUCUUCACCUUCUACUUGUGGAUUAAGGCAUUGAAGCUGGGCUCCAUGCUCUGGGGUGCUCUUUGCGCCCUUUUCUACGGCUACAUGGUCGCAUCCUGGGGUGGUUACGCCUUCAUCACCAACAUGCUUCCGCUGCAUGCCUUGACCUUGAUCCUCAUGGGUAGAUACAGCGCCCGUCUUUACGUCAGCUACACCACUUGGUACGCUCUGGGUACAUUGGCUAGCAUGCAGAUCCCCUUCGUCGGCUUCUUGCCUGUCAAGACCAGCGAGCACAUGCCCGCUCUCGGUGUCUUUGGCUUCCUGCAGCUCGUUGCCUUCAUCGACUAUGUUAGAGGUGCUAUUCCCAGUCGCCAGUUCCAGACCUUCGUCUACACCUUCCUGGCUGCGACAUUCGGUCUUGCGCUUGCUGGCUUGGUGGCCUUGACAUCGCUCGGAUACAUCGCCCCUUGGGGAGGUCGUUUCUACUCUCUCUGGGAUACUGGCUACGCCAAGAUUCACAUCCCGAUUAUUGCAUCAGUCUCUGAGCACCAGCCUACCGCUUGGCCUGCUUUCUUCUUCGACCUCAACAUGCUUGUCUGGCUCUUCCCUGCCGGAGUCUACCUUUGCUUCCAGAACCUCCGGGAUGAGCACGUUUUCGUCGUCGUUUACGCCCUCUUUGGCACCUACUUUGCCGGUGUCAUGGUGCGUUUGAUGCUUACUCUCACUCCCAUUGUCUGCGUUGCCGCGGCUAUGGCAGCAUCUCAAAUCCUCGACACCUACAUGGUCGCCAAGUCCCCCAACCCUGAGGACUACAAGACCGAUGAUGCUGUUGAGGGAGCCUCCAAGAAGGCAGCCAAGCAGAGCGGACUCAAGUCGACCAGCAAGCCGGUCGUCGGUAUCUACACCUUCCUCUCCAAGGCUGUCGUUGUUGGUGGCAUGUCCAUCUUCCUGCUCCUCUUUGUGCUCCACUGCACUUGGGUCACCUCGAAUGCCUACUCUUCGCCCUCUGUCGUCCUUGCCAGCCGACUGCCCGAUGGAAGCCAGCACAUUAUUGAUGAUUAUCGCGAGGCUUACCAGUGGCUCCGUCAGAACACCAAGGAGGACGCCAAGAUCAUGUCUUGGUGGGACUACGGCUACCAGAUUGGUGGCAUGGCCGACCGUCCCACUCUCGUCGACAACAACACGUGGAACAACACCCACAUUGCCACUGUCGGCAAGGCGAUGAGCUCUCGUGAGGAAGUCAGCUACCCCAUCAUGCGCCAGCACGAGGUCGACUACGUCCUUGUGGUAUUCGGUGGUCUGCUGGGCUACUCCGGUGACGACAUCAACAAGUUCUUGUGGAUGGUCCGUAUUGCUGAGGGCAUCUGGCCCGAAGAGGUCCAGGAGCGCAAGUUCUUCACCCCCCGUGGAGAGUACAGAGUCGAUGACCAAGCGACCGACACCAUGAAGAACAGCUUGAUGUACAAGAUGUCUUACUACAACUACAACUCGCUCUUCCCCGCUGGUCAGGCCCAGGACCGCGUCCGUGGCGUUCGUCUCCCGGAUGUCGGCCCCAAGCUUGACACCGUUGAGGAGGCGUUCACCAGUGAGAACUGGAUCAUUCGCAUCUACAAGGUCAAGGAUCUUGACAACGUUGGCCGUGACCACCAGGCUGCUGCAGCCUUCGAGAGAGGCCAGAAGAAGAAGAAGGCCAUUAAGAAGCGCGGCCCCAGAGUCCUCAGAGUUGACUAAAGAACGGGGACAAUAAGGCACUCUGAGGAUGUUGCCUCUAGAGUGCCUCUCAAAUUUCUUUGUAUUGGGACAGGGAUAGGUGGUUCUAGAUUCCACAUGUAGACACAAAAAGCACGCCUAGGCGAAUGUACACUACUUGAUCAUGAUUCAUUUCGCAC